AUGGUCCGGAACAUCGUUGUUAUCGGGGGCACUUCCCACCCGCAAUUGACUCAGACCAUCUGCAACGUGCUGGGCAUCCCGCCGGCAGAUGUUCUGCUGUCAAAAUUCUCCGUGGGUGAGACCCGAGUGGAGAUCAAGGAAUCCGUUCGUGGAAAGGAUGUCUAUAUCAUUCAGUCCGGUGGUGGAAAGGUGAACGAUCUCCUCAUGGAGCUCCUGAUUACCAUCUCGGCUUGCAAGACCGCCUCCGCCAAGAGAGUCACUGCGGUCCUCCCGCUUUUCCCGUACUCGCGUCAGAGUGACAUUCCCUACAACAAGACCGGAGCUCCUUUGGUCAAGUCAUCCCUUGCGGGGAGGCAAGGCAAUAACUACACCUUUGAGAGUACCCCGCCUACCCCACUUCCAGGGAAGUCCGAAAAUGGAGGUCUUUUGAACGGUCUGAACGGCGUCGACAACCUACAGAAGAGCCUGGCCAAAGCUCAAUUGGAAGAUAUCAGCAAUGGCAGCCCUGUGAAGAAGCAACGCCCGGUCAAUGGUCUUCCCCGCAGCGAUACCAUGGAGUCCUUGCAGUCUGAAGGUAACAGGUUCGCACUCAACGGUGCCGACGAGAAGAUCAACAACUUCCAACCCCGCCCCGGCUACAAGCAAUGGGUGGCUCAGGCCGGUACCUUGGUCGCGGACCUGCUCACCUGCGCUGGUGCAGACCACAUUAUCACCAUGGAUCUCCAUGACCCUCAGUACCAGGGAUUCUUCGACAUUCCGGUUGACAACCUGUACGGCCGCCCACUCCUCAAGAGCUACAUCCAGCGGAACAUCCCCAACUACAAGCAGGCUGUGAUCGUCAGUCCCGAUGCUGGUGGCGCGAAGCGUGCUACGGCGAUUGCCGAUGGCAUGGGCGUUGAAUUCGCCCUUAUCCACAAGGAACGUCGCCCUACCCGUAUAACGGAUCGACAGAACGCUACCAUGAUGCUGGUGGGAGAUGUUAAGGAUCGGACGGCGAUCCUGAUCGACGACCUGGCGGACACGUCGAACACCAUUACCCGAGCGGCGAAGCUCCUCAAGAAGGAAGGAGCUGCACAGGUUUAUGCUCUGGUCACCCACGGAAUCUUGAGUGGAGAUGCUAUUGAUCGGAUCAAUGCUAGCGCUCUCGAUAAGGUGGUGGUUACAAACAGCGUUGACCAGGCAGACCACUUGCGCAGAUGCCCCAAGUUGGAGGUUUUGGAAGUCGGUCACGUUUUCGCUGAGGCUAUCCGCCGUGUCCACCACGGUGAGAGUAUCAGUACUCUUUUCCAGUACGACUAA